AGUCGUUUAUUUUCCCGUUGCACAUGGUCGAAUAAGGGCGGCACUGUUGAGAUGGGGCCUGCAUUUUAUAUCUUGUGUAGUCUUCUGCUGGUCAAUUCUGCUUUUGCUGAAGUGACUAACGUUAACGUUUACGAGUUUUGUUCUGCAGUUUUAGCAGACAGCACUGCGAAAUACCCCAAAGUUCCGAAACUUGGUGUAUGCAAUCCAGCGGCUUGCAGAGGAAGAACGGGUCGGAAGGGAUCUCGAGGAGACAAUGGAAAAGAUGGAAUGGUUGGACAAAAAGGCGACCCGGGUAUACAGGGACCAAAGGGAGAACCUGCUGAUUCAAGACAAGUUUCUGCGUUAGAAGAAAAAGUCAGAAUGCUUGAAGAGAAACUAGACAAAAGAUUCGACCUUAUUCCAAAGUUGCUUUACUGUUCAAUGGGAAUGAAGAAUUACGAAAUCCAGACAAAUGCAAUCACGUCAUCAUCCGACUACGAUAUCAUGCAUUCCCCAUAUUUUGGUAGAUUGGAUGCAAUUGAUGAACGAUCUUUACUUGAUCGAGAAUUGACAGACUCUGAAUCUUGGAGAAAAAGUGUUGGAGCUUGGUGCCCGAAACCAAAAGAUCCUGUUCCUACCAAUGAGUGGAUUCAAAUUGAUCUUGGGUCUUCGAUGUCAGUUGGAGGAAUUGUAACCCAGGGAAGACCAGUUACUGUUAAAAACGAUCAACAUUGGGUUGAAACUUAUAAAGUGUCGUGUGGUACAACAGCUGAUAAUAUGGAGUUCAUUUCUGAAGACGGUGUUGAUAAGAUCUUCACUGGCAAUUCCGACAACAAUUCAAAAGUUAUUGGUAUGUUUCCUCAGUCAAAGACCUGUCGUUACGUCCGAAUCUACCCACGAACAUACAAUGAGUAUCCCUGCAUGCGACUAGAAUUGAUCCGUGGAGAAUGUCAUGAUUUAUUUUGAAAAAAAUAAAAAAUAAACAAAUAAUUUGCAACAGU